AUCUGGGUCGGGUAUUCGGAUAGAGAGCGAAGCACGGAGCUUCAGAAGAUAACACUCGCGCUUCUUCGUAACUUUGGAGAUAAAUUUUCUUGCUUUCUGAGCUCUCUGGAUCGAUAGACAAUGGCCAGCGUCUCCGCAUUCGUUACUUCCCACUCCAUUGUCAAUCCCACAGUAUCUCCGAGGAAUCCCAGAUUGCUUUUUAGCCUUCGCGCGCAAAACCUUCAAUUUCAAGCGCGAAAGGAGGUCGUGUCUGCGAACCGCUUGUCGUCGAGCGAGCAAAAUCGGAGCCGCUGGAUGAGGACAACAGUGAGGUCAUCGGAGGAAGAGGAAGCUCCGGUCGCAGAGGCACAAGUCGAAGAAGACGCCUCUUCUUCUUCGUCUUUUUCAUCAGCAGCUGAACAACAGACGGUCUCAGUCCCGGUCUCGCCCUCCGACACUCUGACCAUGUUCUUUCAGGCAGAGGGUACAAUGAGCGAGUCAGCCAUCCCGGCGGUGACCACUGCGUUGGAGGGAGCUGAGGGCAUUACAACUUUGAAGGUUCAAGUUGUCGAAGGCAUUGCCAGUGUUGAGUUGACGAAACUGACGACUAUACAAGCCACAGGGGUGGCUUCCAGUUUGGUCGAGACCAUACAAGGCGCGGGAUUCAAGUUACAAACAUUGAAUCUGAGCUUCGAAGAGGAAGAGGAGGUCCUUGUCUAGAUAUUUGAACUCUGAACCCAUUAGGCAUCAUCUUUCAAGUUCUGGAGAGAUUCUCGGCCCCCAAUGUGCCUCUGAAAUUGGCAUGUGCAGUUAUCAUUUCAAAAGUGUUGGCACAUUCAGAUCUUAAAAGAGUUGUUUUCUCUGCGAGGAUAA